AUGGUGGUGGCAGUGUACUUAGUUUCAUACUCUGAUCAGACCAUAGAAGCAACAGUCACCAACGGGGCUUCCAUAAUCGAAUACUGGUGGAACAUCAAUGUCCUUGACUCCAUUAAUAUUGAUCCCAAACCACAAAAGAUUAUAGGUCUCAACUGCAAAUGGGGUCUUAAUAACAUUAACCCAAAAAGCCACAAAAUUUCUAUUAUGCAGUUCUGUGUAGGCACCAAGUGUCUCCUUCUCCAACUCAACCACAUAAACACUUUCGUCAUUACUCGAAUUUUGAAGAGGUUUUUCAUGACCGGUUCCAACAACAUCUUUGUGGGAAUUGGAGUUGAAGAUGUCGUUUCUAAUCUACAACAUGAGUAUGGAAUUUUAUGUUGUGAUGAUGAAGAUGAGAUGUUAAUGGAGAGGGUGAUUAUUGAUGUGCGUAGUUUGGCUAAAGAACGUUACCCUUUUAGCUUUGGUGGAAGAUCGGAGUGGAUUGGCCUCAAAACACUUGCUUAUCAAUUGGUCAAGCUUCCUAGGUCCAAACAACGUAAGAAUAAUAAUGUUGUUUAUUCAACUCUUGAUUUUGAGUCUUUGAAGCUUGAGAAGGAGAUUGUUAAGAGUGCUUGUAUUGAUGUUUAUGUUUCCUAUAGAAUUGGUCACAAGCUAAUUAAGGAAAUCUAA